AUGUCUAAGCAUAGCACGUCCACACAGAAAGCUCUGCAGGUAAGUAUUGCACUUAUAUACAGAAAGCUCUGCAAUGCUACAUAGUCAUCUCUACAGACAUACAUGUAAUAGUUCUCAUUUUAUUUCUUCUCAGACACCACCGCUGUCGAUUGACCUGUUCGAACGGCCAAAGGUUCAAAUGGCAAUCUUCUACCUUCUGACGUUUAUAAAAAUAGCUGUAUUUAGAACCGCGGCCUACGUCGCUUUCUCCUUGCUUACGGUUCUAAUUAAUCUCAGAAUUGAUUGUCACAAUCAAUUAUAUGGUCAGUACUCAUCAGUCUUUUACGUUAAUUGGGAUUGUCUACGCUCGUGGGCUAGGACAAAACUCACACUGAUUUUAAAUAGCUUCUCAAAAAUACAAUCAAAAUGAAGGGCAUUUAGAAUACGAGAAGAAAAAUUAGUAUCCAAACUUUAAAAUGUAUGUGUUUAAAAUGUCUCUGUUACCCAACCAUAACUACUUUGAAUUACUAUGCAAAAUAAAAAUGGAAAAAUAAAUGUUUUAGUUAUAAGUAACGAUGAGAGACACAGGGGCGGGUGACAUGCUGACUGGCUUAGGAUGUCCCUCCUUGACAGGAGUCUCCGAUGUUGGCAACCCUUUGAAAAGAUUACAAGGAUGGUAAUUAAACUGUACACAGACACUUUGUGGGGGUUCACUGUGGCUGCAGUCUAGACAUGCACAUUCGUUUUCCUCUGAAUUGCAGGUCAGCUCAAUUUAGGCUGAUCAGCUGGUUGUCUCUGAAGCGCCAUUUAUGAGCAAACAAAUGGCCCACACAAUGGACCAGCACGUUCAUUUAAAUCUUGAUUCUUGAUUGAGUUCCAUUUGUGUCACCAAAUGAGAAUAGGAAAAGGAUAAUUGAUGGUUAGUGGACAACCAGUAAAUGCUGAUUUUACAGUGGAGGAGAUAGGACUAGUCGCAGGUAUGAGGUCCAAGGCAGACGAUAUUGUACGGGACACAGCAACGUUCAGGCUCUAACAGAGCCUUGCUGCAUCAUGGCCAAUAAAAUCUGCCGUGGACCUCAUAUCAGUGUCCAGUCCUAUCUUCUCUACUGUUGAACCUGUGAGUGUGAUCCUCUUUGAGCUGGAGGCACAGUGGGGGGGCUGUUUUUAUGUGUGCUUUCCCAUCUUUUUCUAAAUGUUUAUUUUAUCCACCGAUCAAGUGAGAAAGGAUCAGGGCUGAUCCUAGGGUCACAUAAGUUAUUUUUGUGCCCCCAAAACAUGCAUGUUUUUAUGGAAAUAAUUCCACCUCUUCAUCUAUAAUCCCCACCCCUUUUUGUAAUCAAACACACACUCACUGACAGACACACACUCUCAAUAACAGACACACAAUCUCACUGAUUUGAAACCAUCACUGACAGACACACACUGACAGGCACACACUGUCAGACAGACACAUACACACUGAUACACACACUUUCAAUGACAGACACACUCACUGACAUACGCACACACAUACACACUCACAAUGACAGUCAAACAAUCUCACUGAUUUAAAAACACACUGACAUACACACUCUUAAUGACAGACACACACUCUGACUUAUUUGAAACACUCACUGACAGACACUCCCAAUGACAGACACACAAUCUCACUGAUUUGAAACACAAUCACUGACAAGCACACACUGACAGACACUCUCACUGACAGACACACACUCACUGAUAAACACACUGACACACACUCUCACUGAUUUGAAACACACUAACUGACAGACAGACAGACACACACACACUGACAGAUACACUCACUAACAAGCACACACAAACUUUCAGACACCCACAUUUACACAUUCUUGCAAACACGCUCACAAAUUAAUUUUAUUUUUGUGUUGUUUUAUUUUAUUCUUUUAGGCCCAUCAAGCCUCCAUACCUUUAGGAGAGCUGGUGUGGGUCCUCUCACUGGGGUCCAGUAAGGAUUUUCUCCCUGGGGUCCAGUGGCUCCUGUAUUCUUCCUGUUCCUCACUGCUCCUUCGCGCUGUUUAGUGAUGCUGGUACAAGAGUGAUGUCAUAUUCUGGCUCCUGGCAUCACCACAGAGGGCAAACAAGAGAGCAGUGAGGAACUGGAAGAACCUCAGCCCAGACAGCUCUCCCACAACCGCCUGCCCCCGUCCCCCGCACGUGCCAUCUGGGGUAAGCUCUGCCUAAUUGAAUAAGUGGUAUACCCACUGUCUGACCAGACAGCCCACUACUAGCGGUGCACCUGCCCAGGAUCGGCCCUGGAAGUUAACAAAUUGAGAGGAAAAAAAGGAGAAUCGGUAAAAAGAAAUCUAUAUUUAUAUUUUCGUCUAUUGGUUACUUUACCUCAGUUGAUCUGGGAACCAAAAUAAUGCACAUAUCAAUGUACUGCAAAAAAUACACAUAAUAUCUGUAUAAUGUAUAUAUUUUGUAGUGCACUCAUUUGCUGUUUUUCAAACCAUUUUGGUUCAUUCGAAACUUUGUGCGAAUAUUUUGAAUGGAUGAUACUUGUUCUGCCACAUGGACAUCAGUCAGACUGCCCGAGCUAACUUUUAUUUUCUGACUAAGUAAUUCGCCCGGGCCAAAUUUUUCUGCCAUUCACAAGUCUAAUGUAAACUGCUGGUCAUCUAAAAAUAAGAGAGAGGGUAGGUAGUUCUCUAACUAGCAACAUUUCAGCAUGUAACAUGAUUUUACGAGUAUGUUCAGUGUUUUGGAACACGGCGUAUCAUUGUGUCCCUGCCUCUCUAGCUUAUUCACACAGGGCACGUAAACCGUUACAUUUCUAACGAUCUGGAAGGGCCAUACGGCAGCGUUCGCUGUGAGUGCGCAAUUGUACAAGUCGACCCUGGUAGUGAUUAUGGUGCUUGGCCUGUUCGUAGGUGUGAACGAAAGGGAAACCACCGGGUGUUAAGGCAGCCAAAGUAUCAUGGGAAUUGUAGUUUUCCAACAGCUGUGGAUCUAUGUCUCAGCCAGCCCUGCUGUAGAGGACAGUCUCCAUGGGGCGGUGAGAUGGGCUGGUCCAGUUCAGGUAGGAAUGUGUACCUGUGCUGCAGGCAGUGCUCUCCGCUGGGAUACUCUGACUGCAGCUGGCCCUGCCUCCACUGGCUGAGUGCAUUCCUGGUGUCACAGUCAGAGGACGUCAGGAAGAGAACAGGCUGACAAGCUCCCACACCCCAACAACCAUGAAGCGAUGUUAGAAAGCUGGAAGAUCCGGGGUCCCUCUCAGCCAAGAACCGGUUUCCUGCCCACCCCCCCAGCCUAAACAGUCACAAGGUAGGUAUCUGAGCUGGGUACAUUAAGGGGACAAUAAUGAGGAGAUCAGGAGUAGGGGGCUGGCCUGGGUUUGGAGGUUUAGGGGGAUAUUGUAGCUACGUAGUGGGCUACUAAGGCUGGAGUGGGCUAACAGCCCACAGAUACAUAGAAUUGGCUGUGGAAUGUGCUAAGCUAGGCGUUGCCUCUAGAUAAAGAAAGCUGUGAGAAGUCAUUCUUCGUACAAAGAGCUGAACAAAUAACUCUGUAUAACACCGCAAACAGAUCAUCAAAUACGGCCUCUUGUGAUUGUAUAAUAUAUACCGAGAGUCCACACUGGAGAUAAUAAAAAUCCACGGAUAAACUGCUUGUUUCAUCUCAGGAGAAAUUCAACUCCCAUCAUCCUUAGUCAACUUGAUUAGAGGGAAUUUGCAGUCUCCCAUCCCUGAGUACUUUUCAGAACUUUCUUUUUUUUUUUUUUUAUUCUUUAUUUAACAUUGAAGAGUGAACGCGGUACACAACCAGUAACAUAAAUCAUUACAUACAGCUAUAACGUUGAUUCUUAAGUCAAAGUCAAAGUUUAGUUAUUCAACAAUGCAUAUUUUAUAUUUAGAAUGAAAUAAAACAACCCCAAAACCUCUCUCUAUCUAGGCAUGUCUUUCCUUUGAAUAUAUGCCUUCCAUGGGUCCCAGACUUUACUAAAAGUAGAGUAGGAAUGUCUAACUCUUCACGAUAAAUCGUCCAUAAUACAAUGUUCUUUAAUUUUUAAAUCAACCUUUCUCAUAGAUGGUAGGUCUGUUUUUAGCCAGUUGGCGGCUAUACAUCUACGUGCUGCCAAUAUGAUAAGGUAUACUAGUUUCUGCGAAUGUCUGGGUAGACCAGUUAUUGAUUUGGAUAAUAAAAAUAUUCAAGGGUUUAGUUCUAUAUUUUUCUGUAGUAUUGUUGACACCAGUUUUUUUAUUUCUUCCCAAAAGCUUUUAAUUUUUGGGCACUCCCACCACAUAUGAAAAGAUGUAUAGUUGUAUACUCACGCACGUGUCAUAAUCAAAAUAUAUCAUUUAAACCACAAAACAUAUUUUGCCAAUAUAUCCUUCUAAUGUAGCAUAUUAUCAUUUAAUAUUCAGGACCCUUCCCCUAUCUCACCCCUCUUAAAUCUUUCCUCUUCCUUUUCAUUCCCUUUCAUCUGUUGAACUCAAGGCAAUGAAUGAAUGAAUUGGAAAAGUGAGAGCCAAGCAUCUCAUGGUGAAUCCAAUUCUCCCUCGCCUCGUACCAUUCCCUAGGUAGCGGGGGUGGUAAGAGCUUUUGUUGAAAUAAAGGUGGUACUCCUCUAGUGUAUCCAGACCCAUUGUCUGGAAGAAUCUACUUGGAUCCCCCAAUGGUAAUAACGCUCUGGUUUGGUCAUUGUGGAAUGCAAGUAAUUUAAAGGGAUGACCCCAAGCAAAAUAAAUAUGAUUGAGUCGCAGAUGUUCAGUGAUUGGUUUCCAUUGCUGUCUCUUUAAGAGAGAUAGAUCUUGGAAUAUCUGAAGCGCCUUCUCCCUAUAUAUAACCUCCAUCCCUCUGCAUUUACGCACAAUAGCAUGAUUAUGCUAUGGUAAUGGCAUCUUACUAUUAUGUCACUAGGGCGUUCAUCCUUGCUACAUGGUGCACCUGCUGAACGAUGUGCCCUAUCAAUUUUUCACCUGGGGUCAGGUAUAUCUGGUAAUAGGGUUUGAAAAUCUCUAAGACCAUAUUCUGCACGGGACCCUUAGCUCUUGUUUAAGGUAUCCCUCUAAUUUUGAUAUUAUUGCGUCUGGACCGAUAUAUAAGGUACUCAAAAGCCACUUCCAAAGCAUCUAGCCUUGUACCCCAUCUAGCCUUGUACCCCAUUCAGAGCUCUGUGUGCUUUAGCCGCAGCCUCUACCCACACCUCUAGAGUAGCAGCCCGAGUUCCAAUUGCCUGAAUCUCCAUCCUAAUCUCCCGAGCGUUCCUCUCUAUUUCUCCAGCAAGGAACAUUCUGUCCUCCUUCAUUUAUGCCAAGAUACAUUGUAUUGUGUGCUUUAGCCGCAGCCUCUACCCUCACCUCUAGAGUAGCAGCCCGCGUUCCAAUUGCCUGAAUCUCCAUCCUAAUCUCCCGAGCGUUCCUCUCUAUUUCUCCAGCAAGGAACAUUCUGUCCUCCUUCAUUUAUGCCAAGAUACAUUGCAUUCCUUCCAGGCCUGGGACAUCAAUUGCAGAAGCAGCUACUAGAGGGACUAUCAGUAUUCUCUUGCGACCCAUUUUUGACUCUCCACAAUUUUAAAGGGAUAAUCCAGACGUGGACCCCUUGCUCACGGUGCCUAGGGAGAUAUCAGCUAUGCCUCACUGAUGAUGCCUAACAAGGCUGAAACGAUCGUCUGGGGUUGCUGUAUCUCUCGUGCAGAGAGAACUUGCUGGCAUUUCAGAUCUGGACUGCCCGUAUGGGUGGGACCAGUCUGAUAUGCUUCAGAUAUGUUCUCUCUGUAAUGGCACAAGAUGAGCAAAAAUCAGCUUGAGAACUGAGCGGGGACCGACCGAAGGGCAGGCUAUUUCAGCUGCUGCCCGUUCUCAGUAUUCUCUUGCGACCCAUUUUUGACUCUCUACUAGAGGGACUAUACCUGAAGCUCCUUCUUCCGGGUCUAUACGGCUGUCAGGUAUUUGCGACCAUCGGCUUUGUGGCGUCUUCAUGUACGUCCGUGGAUCAUGCUCUUCCAGUUGGGCCCAGAAGCACUCAAAUAUUUCCUCCUCCAGGCUGGAACAUAGUGUGGAGUACGCUACCCCUGGGCUUUGGCUUUUACCCCUUCCGGGAGGAUUUCAUAGGUGGUGAGCUAGCGCUCAGGGAGGUGUAAUAUAAUUAGGUAUGGAUGGCAAAGAGCAAAAGAAAAAAAAAGACAGAGCAUAGCGAGCAUAGCACGUUACAGGCAAGCAAAGAGUAAGGAGCAAGCUAGGAGCAAGUCAUGCCCAUGCAAAUGUCAAUGAGCGCCGAAAUACCAAUAUGAAAGGCAGAGGGUUAUCUGAGGAAGGCUGCACAGGCUCACGGUUCAAAAACAAAAAAAGUAUGUUAGGCGAGUAUUUCUCUAAGUAUAUAUUUUUCGGCACCCAAAAGUGCUUUUUUUUGCAGGCUUCAGCGACGGAGCUCUUUACCUGAGCGUCUACCUACAUCGACGGUCAGGCCACACGCACCCUUUUCCAGUACCUUCUGUCUUUUAUAUUGAGCUGCUAGUCCUAUAUACGUGGUGUUGUACAGUGCUGCUGAAUAUGUUGGUGCCAUAAGAUGGCCAAAUAAAGAUAACAUUCCUUUUGGUGCCGUACUGGUGCUCUGAACACACACAGAGGGGGUUGUGUAUUCCCGGACAAAAUGAAACAGUUACUAUAGAAACCACUGGAACCUUCCUGCUAGUUGUUCAGCGUUUAGAACUUUGCCCAAGAAUGACUAAUUAUACAAAACCUCCCCAUGUCCUGCCUUCACCCAUUCUAACAUAUUAUUAACCUUUCAAAGCUAAGACAUGUAAAGGAAUUUAUUUGUUAAACAGUAAAUUGAGAAACAGAUUCCAAAAAACUAAAUGGACACUACAGGCGGGAUUUGAUUCCCAUCCACUGCCGUGUAACAAAAAAUAAACAUAUAUAUAACAGCUUUUUAUAGCCAGUCCUGGUCUCCCAUGGAUUUCACUGCAGUAGUUUUAGUCACAAGAAAAAACAACUAAACUACUCUCAUGCAAGUUAAAAGCCAUGUUAUACAGGCUCAUUUUGCGUAUCACCGUAUGAAUUCUCUAUCAGAAACCUGGGUGUGCUAUGUCACAUGACCUUCCUGCUGCAGGGAAUUAUGGGAAAUAUUUUGCUGUGGUCUUCCUGCUUUUUAAUCGGACACUCCAGCCCCUUAAAGUAGUUUAGCUUGCUGAUGUGCUUUAUGUGUGAAGCAUGUGUCCUUCAUUUUUAUUUUACAAACAGUGCAGAUUUAAAUAGAAAUUUACACCUGACACAACAAAAUAAUGAAUUAAAAAAAAAUACCCUGGUUACACCCCCAUGGCUGUCAAUCAGACACCCAGGCCUUUUACUUCCUGGUUUUGUUAGCUCAGUGGAGCUAAACUAAAGAGGCAGCAAUUGCCCAGAGCACCUGCCUUGCAAAGACUUCUCAUUAAGCUGCAUUGGGAAGUCUGUGAUUGGACAGCCACGGAAAGUCUGGGCGGGGUUAGAAGGGGAGGGCUUGCAAAGGCAGCAAACAAGAGAACCGCAGCUGUUUUUAGAUAUAUCCCCAAUGAAAAAAUACAUAAUUAAAUGCAUACAUGGUUUUAAUGCCCAGGUCCACACCAUUCCUUCAGUGCUGCCAGUGAUACAAGUUGCAUCACUGGCAUUCCCACCUAUGUCUCUCUUUACAGGAUGCUAAUGUUGGAGGGUAUGGGAUGACAGCAGGGUACUUCUGCCACCAUAACCAUUACAGCAGAAUGUAGUGGUUAUGGUGCUUGGAGUAUUCCUUUUUUUAAAAUGCACUCUCACUUCUAUGGUGCACCCAAAAUGAGGACACAACAAAAAACACAUGUUGUACUUCGCACUGUAUACAGAAAAUAGAAUACUCUCAGUGUUACACAUAAACAGGAUGCAUCCAUCACCCAUGGGCAUACCUCCCAACAUUGAAAGGGAUAAACCUGGGACAGCAGGCGGCUGGGCAUGGGGGGUAUUGCAAUAAUAAACGUUACAUCUAAUUUUCCUUAUCUGUGUCUUAACUGUGAAGAAUAGCGAACUGAACAUCACUUAUAAAACAGUGAGCUAAAACAACACAUAAAUGCGUUAGUUCAAAUUAUGUUCAAUUUAAACUGAAUCUGCAAAUUUUCAGAUAAAAUAUAGAAGCUGUAAAAAUACAAUUACAAAGUUUUUUUUUUCCCAGUUUUGCUAUUCAGUCCUAAAUUUCAAAAAAAAUAUUUUUAAUUCACCACAAUUUACUGGUAAUGGAAUAGUCCCAUGGUUACAUGCGUGAUGGUGUUCGUGGGUAGAUAAACUUUUACUCCUUGGCAUUGUCACAGGUCUCCCUGUACAGAUUUUGGGGUUUGUACAGAUUUUGUUCCCAGGUGUCCUGCCUAUAGGGACAACAGGGAAUUGUCCGCAGACAGCACAGUGUGAGUACAUCAUUAUAUGAUCAUUAGAAGACUUUCUGUUGGGCUCUGGCCAAUUUGACAAUGGCCUGCCCAAUCAAUAUAGGCAUUUCGGUAACGCGAGUUGCCCCUCAAGGCCUGCUCACUUUUCCCAAACUUUUACCACCCACUGUUGAGACGUAUGUUGCCAUCUUCCAGUCAUUAGCAUGUUAACUUGUAUAGCUUGGAGGGAAGAUGAGACUGGGGGGGGGGGGAUAUGAUAGAAAUAUUUAAAUACAUUAAGGGAAUCAACACAGUAAAGGAGGAGACUAUAUUUAAAAGAAGAAAAACUACCACAACAAGAGGACUCAGUCUUAAAUUAGAGGGACAAAGGUUUAAAAAUAAUAUCCGGAAGUAUUACUUUAAUGAGAGGGUAGUGGAUGCAUGGAAUAGCCUUCCAGCUGAAGUGGUAUAGGUUAACACAGUAAAGGAGUUUAAGCAUGCGUGGGAUGGGCAUAAGGCUAUCCUAACUAUAAGAUAAGACUAGGGAGUAAUGAAAGUAUUUAGAAAAUUGGGCAGACUAGAUGGGCCGAAUGGCUCUUAUCUGCCGUCACAUUCUAGGUUUCUAUGUUAGCACCUGGUAGAUGGGGCUGCCAAAUGCUGCGAUAUCUUAUGCACUGCGACCCGGUAUGUACCCACAGGGCCAGCCUCUUCCCCUGGGGGGCCCAGGAGCCGGCCACCCCAGGGCCCCCCGAGGCUGGCCCUGCUGUCACCGGGCAGGCGCGCGCGUGAGGGAGCACUCAGUGCUUCCUCUUCAGCUCCCUCGCGCACCGCACUGAUACCGGAGCCGGAAGAUGACGUCAUCUUCCGGCGCCGGCAUCCCUACACGGCGCGCGAGGGAGCUGAAGAGGAAGCACUGAGUGCUCCCUCGCGCGCCUGCCUGCCCGACCGGCCACCCGCCCAGAAGCCCAGCAGCACCACUGGACGCCAGGGAAUCCCCCCAGCACUCCAAAAGGUAAGGAGGCUGGGGGGAUUAAAUUAAAAAAACAAACAAAAAAAACUAGUGUUAGAGUGAGUGUUAGUGUGAGUGUUAGUGUAAUUUAAGGGGUGUGAGUAUAGUGUGACCAGGGGCGGGCAAGAUAAUUUAUGAGAUUUACUAAUAACAAUUCAUACCAAGAGCAAUGUAUCCUUUUUACACAAACUGAUUUCGAACACAUUUAUUGUAGUUUAAAGACACAUUACUGGGAGUAUUAUUGCCGCCAUUGAUAAAUACGUUGGCCUCUCGUAAGUCACAACCUCACCAGUGAGUUACAGGUCUAGCCACCUUGAGUAGAGAUUGCAGAAAUAACAUUUUCUAGGAGCUCAAUAUUGUUGGUGUGUCUGGGUGUAUAACAGAGCUCCACAGCAAUAAUACUCCCAGUAAUGUAUCUGAGUGUAUAACAGAGCUCCACAGCAAUAAUACUCCCAGUAAUGUGUCUGAGUGUAUAACAGAGCUCCACAGCAAUAAUACUCCCAGUAAUGUAUCUGAGUGUAUAACAGAGCUCCACAGCAAUAAUACUCCCAGUAAUGUGUCUGAGUGUAUAACAGAGCUCCACAGCAAUAAUACUCCCAGUAAUGUGUCUGAGUGUAUAACAGAGCUCCACAGCAAUAAUACUCCCAGUAAUGUGUCUGAGUGUAUAACAGAGCUCCACAGCAAUAAUACUCCCAGUAAUGUGUCUGAGUGUAUAACAGAGCUCCACAGCAAUAAUACUCCCAGUAAUGUGUCUGAGUGUAUAACAGAGCUCCACAGCAAUAAUACUCCCAGUAAUGUGUCUGAGUGUAUAACAGAGCUCCACAGCAAUAAUACUCCCAGUAAUGUGUCUGAGUGUAUAACAGAGCUCCACAGCAAUAAUACUCCCAGUAAUGUGUCUGAGUGUAUAACAGAGCUCCACAGCAAUAAUACUCCCAGUAAUGUGUCUGAGUGUAUAACAGAGCUCCACAGCAAUAAUACUCCCAGUAAUGUCUGAGUGUAUAACAGAGCUCCACAGCAAUAAUACUCCCAGUAAUGUGUCUGAGUGUAUAGCAGAGCUCCACAGCAAUAAUACUCCCAGUAAUGUGUCUGAGUGUAUAACAGAGCUCCACAGCAAUAAUACUCCCAGUAAUGUGUCUGAGUGUAUAACAGAGCCCCACAGCAAUAAUACUCCCAGUAAUGUGUCUGAGUGUAUAACAGAGCUCCACAGCAAUAAUACUCCCAGUAAUGUGUCUGAGUGUAUAACAGAGCUCCACAGCAAUAAUACUCCCAGUAAUGUGUCUGAGUGUAUAACAGAGCUCCACAGCAAUAAUACUCCCAGUAAUGUGUCUGAGUGUAUAACAGAGCUCCACAGCAAUAAUACUCCCAGUAAUGUGUCUGAGUGUAUAACAGAGCUCCGCUGCAAUAUUACUCCCAGUAAUGUGUCUGAGUGUAUAACAGAGCUCCACAACAAUAAUACUCCCAGUAAUGUGUCUUUAAACUACAAUAAAUGUGUUUACAAAAAUCAGUCUGUGUAAAUAAGAUACAUUGUUCUUAGAAUAAAUUACAUUUUAGUUCUAUACAUUUUUAUUAAGUCACCUCAAAUGUCUCAGAACAGCCCCACAUGUGGCCACACCCCCACCCACACCUCUAAAAUGAAUUAAAUUAAAGUUUCCCUUUGUGUCUGUGUGAAAUUAGGGGGGGUAUGUAUAAAUUACCAGUUCUGUUUUUUUUCUUAUUGGAGACUUUUCUCUUGUGUCACCACAAACGAUAAAUCAUAGACUAAUUCUGGACAGUUACGAGGGUGUGCCAGUAUUUUUGAGUUAAAUAUAUAAAUAAAAUUAAAAAAAAGAAUAAAAAAUGCAGUUGUUGAUUUUAUAGUACAUUCCAAAGUACUCUUAUCUCUAACGUAACAUAAGCCAAUUCAACCACAAAUAUGUAAAGACUCCGGCUCUGUUCCUCUCCAUGGACGUAGCUGUUUAAUUCACCUGUAGUGACGGUUAUUAACACUGUUGGGGUAAAAGGACUUUUUGCGGGGGACGCAGUGGCCAUUCUGAUAGGGGAGCUGUCACUGCAGCUUGCAGGUUGCAUGCGGGGGGAGGCGAACAUGCCUUUGCAUGCAUAAGAUCUUGCAAGAAUGUGUCUCCCGUGCUGACAUUCUUUGCUGUGUGCCUAGGCUUGUUUGUUCAGCACUGUGUGUGCUGCUGGCCAUACCCUAUACCAUCGGUGUGUCUGACGUGUCCGGGGUGUGAUUUCCGCUCGAUGAGGCUGGCUGUGUAAUCAUUAACUGAAUUACAAUGAAAUGAGACUGAAACCACGGGACUGAAGCCACCAACCCACGGUAUGUACUAAUGUCCCGCAGGCAGAUACAACGUUUCCCUGCAUUUAUAAUGGGACGGAGUGCUGAGCUUUACAACAGGUUGGAAAAGGCAGUCAGGGUUACUUGUCAGGAAUUAAAAAUUAAUUUCAAAUCUUAGACUAUUAGAGCCGAGCUGGAAAAAUAGCAAACUCGUAGAAUUCUUCCUCUCGGGCUAUUUUAAUUUAAAAUUUGAAAUUUGAAUUUCUGGCAAAUCUCAUUUUAAUGGAAUACCCUGAGAGAUUGGUGGCCAUUGCCUUCAUUUGAUAGUCACGUUCUACAUGGCGAAGAAGAUUGGCACUAUGUAGCGUACGGGGCCCUUUGGCAUGGCCACCCACUGUUGCCGAGGGCCUUAGGCCUUGUAUUAAUCUUGGCUGACACCUUACUUUGCAUGGCCCCUGAUGUUAUGAUUCUAAAUGCUCCUUGUUGAUAGCAGUCAAUUAGCUAUUAUUGGUACAGAUUUAUAAAGCGCCAACAGAUUGUGUAGCGCAGUACAAGAGGUUGAGUGUAUACAUACAUGGGAGAAUGCUGAUUUGGGGAUCAAAGAGGUACAUGUUAUGAUUUUAAGAAACUUAAUUGCUUUAACCUAUUAGUCUUUCAGAGUAUAGGGGGUGAGCAGCAUUUUUGCAAAAAUUACCUUUUGCUAAGACUGAAUGCGAAGAAUUUGAGGGAAGUUUGCUUAAUAAUCACAAAUUAAAUACCGUGUAAUGCUUUUAUGGGUUAGAAAUGGGUGUUUGGCUUCUAUGUCAGCAUUUAGUGUACCAUACCUGCUAAGAGUCCCAGAUUUGGCAGGGCAGUCCUGAUCUGUAUCUCUGAUCUGCGUUUGAGCUUUAAUGUCCUGCUUCUGGGGGCAGCAUGAAAUUAACUCAGAUUAUUGUAUUUUUACGUGAGCGCAUCAGUAGCCUUCGGCAAUAGGCAACCCUUAGCAAGCUGGCCAGCGCAACUAUCCGUCAUAUUCAUGCACGCCAAGCAAAUACAUCCCUCACUGUCAUCCUCAAUCCGUGUAGAGUAGAGGUAGAUUGUAAUCGUCUGUGGUGAGGGCCCAUUUUAUCAGGAUUAAUUGUUUGUCUUGUUUAUCUAUGGUACAGCGCUACAGCAUAUGUUGGCUCUAUAGAAAUAACUGUAAUUGAAGACAGGGAUAUUCACGAAUGUACGAAAUGUCAGGAUUUAAAAGUGAGUGUAAAAUUUUAGAUCAAAAUAGUCAGCUGUGCUUUCAAUUCAACUAAUAUUUGAAAUGUAUUCUGAAUUCUUGACAAUUCACCCCAAGGCAUUGUAAAUAACACUGACAGAACUCCUUAUAUUGACUGGUCUGGGGCUCCCUCUUCUGGCUUGUAAGGGAAAUAGCGGAACCUUGACUUUUGCUACUGUUGUAAAACGUUCCUUAUAGCUAUUCUGAACUGUGCUCCUUUUAAAUCAUUAUUAUUCGUUAUGUUUGGACUUUAGCCUUGCAAUGAAUUGAUUUUUAAAUACAUUUAUUUUUAAAUCUAUUUCAUUACGUUUAAAAGUCUGUACAGUAACCUCGCUGUGUAUUACAAAAUGUUAUUUCUCUUCCUCAUUUGCAUUGCAUGCCCUGACAUGCCCUGGCUGAACUGAACUGUGAUGUCAUUUGCUAAAUCUUUAAUAUAAAGGUGAAAGAAAAUGGAUGCAUCGAAUGAAAAGAAAAAAGUUAAUACAAGUUACAGAUGAUUUUCAAUGUUUUAUUGAGUGUCUAACUUAUAAAGUGAUGGUUUGUCUUUAACUCAGUCUUAAUAUAUUAUAUAUACAAUGUAUUUGCUGCAAAUUCAGCAUUUGCAGUCAACUUUCACCAAACCAGGAAGCGACAUAACCAAUCAUAUUGCUCCAAUAGCUCCAAUCGCUUUCUAUAGGACUACUCAGCACAUCCUAUAAACGUCAAAGCAGAAAAGGAUUACCGAUGAAGCCUGGGUUAGAAGAGUUGCUGUUUAGCUGCACUCUUUCUUCUGUAGAUAACCAGCAAGUUAUAAAAGGCAUAUUGCAUUAAAUCAAUACUAUACCGCAUUUCUGCAUUAAAAGUACUGUCGCACCAAUAUACAGAGCUAUUCUCCACGUACCCUGUUGUCCCAUUCCUUCGUUGCAUUUACCUCUAUAUUUACCUAUCUCCACCACAUUGUAUAACAUCUGUUGUUAUAACUGUUGCUUCUCAUUCUGAUUUUCUACAUUCCAUCUCGUAAUCUCUCCACCGGUUUCCUCCUUUAAUUAUGAUUUUGUAGCUCUUCCAGUAGAUAUUCCCCAAACGUUUUUUUAUACCCUGGGACAGUUAUAUUUAUUUGGUGAUCGUGUCUCAUAAUAGACUCCGAUAUGCUGUCUCCCAGUGAGACCCUAAAGAAGGAGCUGGAGGAAGAGCUGAAGCUGAGCAGUGAGGACCUUAGGAGUCACGCGUGGUAUCAUGGGCCUCUUCCACGACAGGUAAGAGAAUAGCAGCAUAACCCACUAUCCCUUUUACUGACCUAUGGUUGCCAUUCUCUAAACAGUGACCCUUCUCAAUCCGGUCAUCUAGGGCUGUUGAUGGUCUAGGUCAAUGAUAUAGUCAUUAGCCAAUUCAAUUAAAUGGUGCUUUUGCUUUGUGACGGCUUGUUUUAUAAACCACUGCUGUAUACCCAACCGGAGCCUCAUCACUAUAGAACCCUCACUAUGGACCUGUCACUGUGGACUGACCACUACACAACCCUCACUAUAGACCUCACACUGUGGACUGACCACUACACAACCCUCACAUUAGGCCUCACACUGUGGACUGACCAUCCUCUUAUUAGGAAUAAGCACUAACCCAUGCAUCUUACCAAUCCUACACCCAUUUUAUACAAGUGUGUCCAUUACUUGCCAAUCCCUAGCCACUACCUUUCUCUCUAAUACUCUCUGUUCUUGCAUCUGAUUGUCCUUGUCACCCACAGGAGGCUGAGCGGUUGCUGCAUGAGGAUGGUGACUUCCUAAUUCGUGACUCUCUCUCAUCUCUGGGAGACUACGUCUUGAGCUGCGCCUGCUCUGGACAGGUCCUACAUUUCAAGAUAAUUGCUGUAACCCUUCGCCCAAAACGUGGCCACACACGGACUCUCUACCAGCUAGAGCAGGAUCAGUUUGAUAACAUCCCAGCAUUAGUUCGCUCAUAUGUGGGGGACAAAAAGAUGGUUUCUGUGUCCUCCAGAGCAGUCAUCGUGUGUCCCGUCAACAGGACUCUUCCUCUCCGAGCCAUCCAAGAAAGGCAUAAUAUACAGACUGUGAAUAAAGACCGCAGAAAAAACUUACGCUUGACUGACAGCAACCUACUGCGGUGAGAACCUAUCUUAACCCCAAUAACCACAACAGACCCCUAUAUCACUCACUAUGCACUUUCUCUUAGAGCCCACAGUGGUUUCACAGGUCUUUAGAUCAGAACUAUAUUGUUUCAACUAGGAUCAGAUGUCAUAGAAGGAGGACUAGGCACACGUCUAAGGGACCACCAGUGGAUGCAAUGUAGUAAUAGCUAUGUACACUUUUGAGUAGCCCAUAUGGCACAUGACCACUCUAAAGGCCCUUUUUAAAAACACAUUUUAGAAGUAGGAGGAAGUGGUAAUAGUCUAUCUAAAGGUGACUUGGAUCAUCCCAGUAGGAUGUAAAUAUGCUAUUUAUUUAAACUAACUAAAGGUUUAUGUGUCUAUUCCGUUCUAAUUUCUAUAUUCCUAAUUUGUGAACAUAAUGCAAUUGACUUGCUUUUGUGUCUCUUAGAAAUAAAGAUAGAUUUGGAAGUCAACCAGGGAACUUAGACAUCUUGAAGGAACGUCCACUACAAAGUGCCCAGUCUGACAGCAACCUCUUCUCCAGUAAGUUCAUCUUUAGAAUAUCCUUUCAUCACCUGUUAUAUUUCUAUCAAAUUAUUUGUUUCUUCUUAUUUCCGUUAUUUUACCUUCUAAUUUUGAAGUUUACUGUCCGUGUCCUAUUCCUCUGUCUUUGUUUGAUAUCUGUACCCAUUUUUUCCUGUCUAUAAGGUUCUGUUACUGUUUUUCCAGCUGUCACGGGUGAAGUCUCAGUGACCACACAGGAGCAGAGCCCAGCUCCUCUCUCACCCAUGUUCCGCACGGGAAGUGAUCCUGUCUUACGUGCGAAGGCCGUUCCAGCCCAAACAUUGGACCUUGAUGGGAACAGUGCAUUACGUGGAUCAGACAGUCAGCUACACUCCAAGGCACCCCCAAAACCCAUACGAGCUCCUUCUAUACUGCUCCCAGAAACUACAGAGGCUACUGACACAUAUUGUGAACUGGUUCCUAGGGCCCCAGUAAACCACAGGAAAUAUGUGGACACUCUGAAGGUGGAGGAAAGAUGGAGAACCCGUGCUCGGGCUACAGAGACCACUUUUGGUUUCUUAGAUGGCGACAGCCCCAUGGACAUCUGUCAAACUCAAGUGGACAAUUCUAGACCAAGCCAUUCAAGCACAACUGUAAGCCCUUCAUCCAAACCUGUAAGUCCUUCGUCAACAACUGUAAGCCCUUCAUCCACAACUGUAAGCCCUUCUUCCACAACUGUAAGCCCAUCGUCCACAACAGUAAGCCCUUCAUCCAACACUCAUGAUGAAGAAGGUGGAUUUGUCAGGCCACAGAUACAAAACACAUCUUCUUACCAGCCCCAACAAUUUCAGUCUCUUCUGCUGUCCCCGGAAAACAAACCUCUAGAGCCUAUUGCUUUGAGGAAGUUGAAGGAGAUUGUCAGUCAUCAAGACUGCCGAGAGUGUGCCCUGCACAUCCUACAGGAAGACUGCCAGGUAUAAACACUAGGUCUCUCGCCAUGUCUGCCAUUGCAUGCCCACAUAAUCCUCAUUGCUUAACACCUUCACCUGCGUAUUGUCAUUCACAGGCGAUUCGGAUUUUGGGUGUUUCUCCAGAACAACAGAGGAUUAUGGGGGUGCAGUCUGGACUGGAGCUGAUAACAUUACCAUAUGGACAGCAGUUCAGACGGGACCUUCUGGAGAGGUCAGUACCUCUAUACUUUUUAAUAUUUUAAGGACAUGUUGCCUACUUAGCCCUCAGUGAAUAAUUUGCUAGUAACCUACUUUGUUACCCCUACUUUUACCCUUUGUGUCACUAUACCCCACUCCCUCUAGCAUGUAAGCUCAUUGAGCAGGGCCCUCAACCCCUCUGUUCCUGUACGUCCAUUUGUCUGGUUACAAUUACGUGUCUGUUAGUCAACCCAUUGUACAGCGCUACGGAAUUUGCUGGCGCUAUAUAAAUAAUAAAAAUAAUAAUAAAUGCAUACUGUUAAAAGGACAGUCAACUAAAAUAAAUAUGGGUUAUUUUAUUGUCAAUAUAUAAAUAACUGUGUUGUUCUAAAACAAGUACCUUAAUUAUAAUCAUUUAAAUUUUUAUUUUUUUUAAAAACAAGUAUCUUGCAUAAUUCACAUUUUUAGUAAAUAACCCUGACAGUAACAUUUUCCUGAAUAUAUUUAAUGUACGCCAUGUACUCCCCCAGGCAUCACCUGCUCUGUCUGGGUGUAGCAGUGGAUAUCCUGGGCUGCACUGGAGCAGUGACGGAACGAGCGCACACUCUCCAUCGCAUUAUUCAGCUGGCGACAGAACUGCGAGAUGUUGCAGGGGAUCUAUUUGCGUUCUCUGCUGUGAUGAAGGCGCUGACACUACCCCAGGUAAGAGACACAGGCCAAUCAGAAAUGAGAACUGUUUGCUAACUGGAAACCACGUAAAGAUUUUUCAUCUUUAAAUAAAAUGCACCUGGGGGCUUAUCUACUAAACAGUGAGUCAUGGUACUGUUGACUCAUUAAUAUGCAAAAUUUAAGUCAAAUGGGCAGAUGAAAAAAAAUCCUUUUUUCGUGAAAUCACAGCAGUGUUUAUUUGUAGAUGUGUUCUCACUGGUUUUAUAGUUUUUACUUUUUCACUGGUGGUAUUUGUUUAAACACAUAAAGCACAACUGCACCAUUUUUAUGAAAUGAGAAAAAAAAGAUGAGUAGCCAAAACGUAGGCCCCUUGCUGUGAUAUGACUACAAACCCCAUGAUUAUUUGCUAGCAGCUAGGGAUCCACCUUUUGGCCACCCCUGGUUUAGAGUAAAAGGUAGAGGGUCUAGAUUAUAUACUUAUUAUUUUCUUGUCUGUGUACUAAGACUUAUGCCCCCACUAUUCUUACAGGUGACGCGACUGGAACAGACAUGGCAGAUGUUGCGCCAGACGCACACAGAAAGUGCGAUUUCAUUUCAAAAGCAGCUGAAACCAUCGCUGAGAGAUUUGGAUGAGGGUUAGUUCUGCCUCUUCUAGCCUGACUUUAUACUCUAUAACAUGUUUGAAUUCUGACCUUAUCUAUACCUGUAUAUUAUGCUCCUCCCUACCCUCCAUUUUAUUUCCACUUCUUAAAAAGUCUCUGCAGUGUCUGAUCUCUUCCAUCCCUAACCUUGCAUCUCUCAUUGUCAUACAGGCAGAAACCUACCCCCCGCAAAUCAUAUUGUAGUUCCCCACAUCUUGCCGGUGCUCAAGGCCAUGGAAGGCGAGGAAGACUGGGGGGGGCCUGUGGAGGAAAGCUGCGGACGAUUGCUCUGUCUCCUGCAGGCUGCGCGGUCCUUCGCUGCUAAUGCAGACCUCCACAAGAACAAUGCCGAAAUGAAGCUGAAAGGUAAUUAUGUCAGGAACUGGAUGGGGUUAACAGAAAAAAAAACUAAGUAAAUCUCGGGUGAUAACAAGGGUCUGCAAUUAAACAGAGACGCAAGUUUCCAAGAAGGAACAUGCCAAUCUCAAUCACCACUACAGAUUAUUUUAUAUCCUCGUUGUGCACUCUGGACCACCAUUAAUGCGUUUGAGGACGCUCUCUUAUAGAUCUAAAUUUCAGUUCAGCUUCAUCUGGCUAAAUUGUACAAAUGCUCUGGCCUCGUAAUAACAAUGUCAAACUUCCUCAUUAUAAGUAUCAGAGAAGGUAGGUUAAUGGGAACUGAGGCAACCCUAGGUUUUCAUGAAACCGUUUGAAAAUGAUGUUACGAAAUUCUGAGAAUCUGCACCUAGAGCCUCCUUGCACCAUAACAACUACGUUAAGCCAGGUUUUAAAGACUAAUAAUUGUGCUGGAUUUCUUGUCCAAGAGCAUGGGCGAGAUUCAUGCAUGUGCUUUGCUUUUAGAAGAAAUACCCAGGCCUGCCGGGCAGGGAUCCCAAAUCAGGAAUAUCCCAACCAGAUCCUGGACAGCUGGGUGGUAUGGUGAUAUUAAAGGAUCACUAUAGGGUCAGGAACACAAACAUGUAUUCCUGACCCUAUAGUGUUAAAACCACCAUCUAGCCCCCCUGGGCCCCUCGUGCCUCCAUAAAUAUAGCAAAAUCUUACUGUAUUCAAGCUAGAAGCUGUAGAUCUGCAUGCUGUUUGCCUAAAAAAAAACAAGCAGUCUGCUGACAUCAGCAGAAGUGGUAGCCUGAUCCAAUCACAAUGCUUCCCCAUAGGAUUGGCUGAGACUGACAAGGAGACAGAUCAGGGGCAGAACCAGCAUGAUUCAAACACAGCCCUGGCCAAUCAGCAUCUCCUCAUAGAGAUGAAUUGAAUCAAUAAAUCUCUAUGAGGAAAGUUCAGUGUCUGCAUGUAGAGUGAGGAGACACUGAAUGUUUGGAUGCUUUUUAGGCAGCCAUGACCCAGGAAGGAUCUCUAACAGCCAUCUAAGGAGUGGCCAGUGAAGGUAUGCCUAGGCUGUAAUGUAAACACUGCAUUUUCUCUGAAAAGACAGUGUUUACAGCAAAAAGCCUGAAGGGAAUGAUUCUACUCACAGAACAAAUUCAAUAAGCUGUAGUGGUUCUGGUGACUAUAGUGUCCCUUUAAUGCCGGACACUGACCUGAGAAGUAGAUUGUGCAAUACUCCAAAAUAAAAUAUAGACUAGGCAGGUGGGGGUGGGGAGAUUGAUAGAUGGAGAAGCAGAUUAGCAGAUUGAUUUUAGAUAGGAAUGCAUAGUAUGAGCUAGGAAGAAUACAGAUGGUGGAUCAAUAACUUACACUUGCGGAAUGUUUUCCAUUCAAUUAAUUAUUUUUUCAUUAAAAAAAAAGUCCUGCGCUCAAACUCCCAUCACUCCUGGGCAGCAGCAACAACCAUAGUACACAUCAGCCCCAAUACAUACAGUACAAAGAAAAAAAGUUACCUGCGCUCUUUUUUUCUUUUCUUUUUACAGUGUGUAUUGGGGCUGAUGUGUACUAUGGUCGUUGCUGACGCCCAGGAGUGAUGGGAGUUUGAGCGCAGGAAUUGGUUGUUUUUUUUAUUUUUAUUAGUAUUCACUUUUUGUAUCACAGAGCUAUGUUACAAUGCUUUCGCCCAUCCCAUGUGUUCCUUAUUAGGGGGUUAAUAAGCAUGUAGGGGUGUAUAUAAGAAAUACCCCUCUGUCUCAUUAGAGAUAUCUUUAGAGAUAUCUUUGUCAGAAGCUCAAGGAAGCAAGGUGAAAGGUCAGUGUAGGACCCACCUGAGAGGUUUGCCUUGACGUGGCAGGCGGGCAUUCCCUUCAAUGGCCAUUGGAGUAACUAAAUAACCUCCACUUGUUUAAAUAUACAUCUGGAUUAGGGAAAGAGCACAGGUAAUUUUUUUCUAAUUAUUUUUUUUAAACCUAUUGCACCUUGCAGGUUUCCAACCCCACCCGGAGCUCAGGGAAGCCUUUCAGACCGAGUUCUCUUUGAGGUUGUUUUGGGGCAAUAAAGGUGCCAAUGUGGAUCAGAGCGAAAGGUACAAGAAAUUUGACAAAAUCUUGAGUGUUUUAUCCAAUAAGUUGGAACCGGAUAGCGACAACAGAAAAUCUUUGAGCGCCAUGUAUGGGGCGAUUCAUUGA